AGAUCAAUGAUUUUUUCGUUUGAUGAUAUCAAACUAUCAGCGGAUAUAUUAUGAGGAGCAUUACGAAAAUAAUUUUAUGGAAUAAUGUAGUAUUUGCUUGCAGUUUAAUAUUUAAUUAUGUACUUUUAUUUAUAAUUUUAUAUUUUAGUGUAAGAUUUUUUUAAUUAAUAUUUCUGUAAUAUUUAUAUAUAUGUACUAGUUAUUUAUAGAAGUUUUAUGAAUUUACAUCAACUAAGAUAAAUAUAAAGACUAUAGUGUAAAAUAUAAAUAAUUUUGAAGUUAGAUUUGAAGUUUUGUUUUUGGAGAAGAAUACAUUGAAACUUCAAAUAUAGAGUUUUGAAAACUUUAAAAUAGAGUUCCUUUUUGGAGAUGCUCUAAAGUAUAGUUGUCUCUUGAACAAUUAAUUACUUUGUUUUAAUGCUACUUUUUUGUCACCGAAAAUUAUGAGUGGCAACCCAAACGAACAAGUAACAAAGAGAAAAACUUAUAUAAGCUGUUAGAAUGUCGAGUUUUUGAUUAAUUUGGUAACGAAAGUAAAAAUGUAUUGAGAAAAGAAAAUAUAGAACGGCCGGGAUAUAGAGUCGUCGAGGCCUUCUAGUCGAAGGAAAAUUUUGAUAUGAAAUCCCUCGUCCGAAAACAAGCCUCGUAUGCUGCUCAUUAAAGGAUAAUCCAAUUUAAUGCUUUGAUCAUUAAAAUAAAAGUUUUCGCUUUUAAAGGCUAACGACCGUUUAAUCCAUCAUUAGGAGAAUAUUAACUUUGAUUAAAAUUCUUUAUCCAAAAGUAACCCUUUUUACACAGAAUGAAAUUUGAGCAUUAUUAAAUAAAUUUACGGCUUCCGAUAAUUAUAUGUUCAGCGUAACUUAUAGGAAAAUAUUAACUUUUUAAUUCUUAUUUAAAUCCAGAAAUAAUAUUAAUUUGAUUCUUAUUUAAAUUUCCUCUGCUGCAUACUGCAGGUAUUUGACCAACGACUAUACAUUAAAAGCAAAUCAUCCAGCAGAAAAAACGUUUUCAUGUGGUCAGAAUCAUAUAAGUCUUAAAUUUUUUUUUUGCAGGGAAAACUCUUAAGAAAGUUUGAUAAAAUAAUGUAAAAACUUAAAAUCACAAGUUUUUUUUGUUUGAGCAACAAUCACAAGGUUUAAACUAAGAUAUAAUCAACGGCUCGGACGAUUUUAUACAUAAGUUUAUGUUUUAUUUAGCUACUGCUUUAUUAUUCACAAUAAUGCAACACGAAUAUUGAUUUAAGUAUUGACUAAACUAUUUCCAUUAUAAAAUUGGAAAAGAGUGAUAAUUAAGUCAAAGUGAUUAAAGAUGGAUGGGUAGUCCUUCCGCAAAACGGCGCCGUAGAGGUGUCUUAUCCCACAGUACAGCUGGUUGUGGCAGACAUCAUAGGGCCUACGUAUAUUUGAGCUUUACUGUACGUAUAGUUAGUUCUCACUGUUCACAAAAGUUUAGUUCGUAACGUAUAUAAUUAAUAUAUGCAUGUAACAGUUUUAGUUUAAACCACUUUAUUUGUUUCAUGCAUCGGGAUCUAGUUCGUCUUUUUCCAAAAAAAAUAUCUCCUUAAUCCAACCUGUUAAACUCUUGAAUACAAUGUGUUGCUGGGGGUACAAACAUGUCACAAAUAUAGAGACAGUAUUGUGUAGACGUAUUAUUGUUUGAUGUAUUGCGAAAUCAAAUACUAUAAAUACAAGUAGCGACCACUCGGUUUAAAAUCUUGGAAGGUUACAAAAUAAGAAGAUGAAUUCAAAGGAUGCAGAGCUAUAUAUGUCGGGUCAUUUAGAGCCGUGACCCAAAGGUUCGUCGUAAUUUCGACGGUCGAUCAUGAGGAAUUUUGGAGUUUUCUUCACCCUUUUGUGGACUUCUGUAUAGUUUUUGUCGGUUUAUAGGUUUGUAUUCGUAUCCACUUUGUUUUUUGUUCCUGUAACGAUACGUACUCUAACGAUUAGAAUAACGUUUCAAUUCCAAUUUUAUGAUUAUUUUUCCAUUUAAAAAGUGAUUUGUGCUACACAAGAAAUACUAUAAAAACAAAAAGAACAAAAAUAAAUAAGUAGAAUCAUUUUACUACGAUUUUUCAGGAGUUAAUCUUUUUGUAAGAGAUAUUUGUUAUUAUAAUAUAUUUGAGACAAAAAUAUCCUCUCUAAUAUUUUGUUAGAAGAAUCUUGUUAUCCGUAGCAAAGAGUGUUUUAGUCAGUACGUAGUUGUUCAUUUACGCAUCUCAUAGCCAUAACCAUAACAGUGUAGUAUUAACUUUGAAAUGUUACCAAAGACUUUAGCAAAACAUUAUAUAAUGAUAAGGUGGAAGAUGAGGAAUAUGUAGGGCUAAAAGCGAAAAAAUGAAACUAAAAGCAAAGAAACGUCUUUCUCAAUAAGAACACAGAUCCCAACGGAUUCAAAUAACAAAUCUUUGAGCGUUGCUCUUCGCUCCAUAUAAUAAUAACCUCUCAUAAACCCUUAUCUUAAAUCCUAAAGCCCCUUCCUUCCUUUCACUUCUCCUCCGAAACAAAUAGAGAAUAAAGAUUGUGUGUUCGUUCUUUAGUCAAUGAUUGCGAUUUAGCUUACCACUUCAAGAGAUUUAAAAAAAAAAGUGUGAGAGAGGGCAUAGAUAUAUAUUGAAGAAAGAAAAGAAAUGAAGUCUUUCUGUGAUAAUGAUGAUAGUAAUACGACUAAUUUGCUAGGGUUCUCGUUGUCUUCAAAUAUGUUGAAAAUGGGUGGUGGAGAAGCUCUUUACUCAUCUUCGUCGUCUUCAGUUGCAACUUCUUCUGUUCCACCACAGCUUGUUGUUGGCGACAACAGUAGCAACUAUGGAGUUUGCUACGGUUCUAACUUAGCAGCUAGGGAAAUGUAUUCUCAAAUGUCUGUGAUGCCCCUCAGAUCUGACGGUUCUCUUUGCUUAAUGGAAGCUCUCAACAGAUCUUCUCACUCGAAUAAUCAUCACCAUAGUCAAGUUUCAUCUCCAAAGAUGGAAGAUUUCUUUGGGACCCAUCAUCACAACACAAGUCACAAAGAAGCCAUGGAUCUUAGCUUAGAUAGUUUAUUCUACAAUACCACUCAUGCGCCAAACAACAACACCAACUUUCAAGAGUUCUUUAGCUUCCCUCAAACUAGAAACCACCAUGAGGAAGAAACAAGAAACUACGAGAAUGACCCUGGUUUGACACAUGGAGGAGGGUCUUUUAAUGUAGGGGUAUAUGGGGAAUUUCAACAGUCACUGAGCUUGUCCAUGAGCCCUGGGUCACAAUCUAGCUGCAUCACUGCCUCUCAUCACCACCAAAACCAAACUCAAAACCACCAGCAGAUCUCUGAAGCUUUGGUCGAGACAAGUGCUGGAUUUGAGACAACAACAAUGGCGGCUGCUGCUGCAAAGAAGAAGAGAGGACAAGAAGUUGUCGUUGGACAGAAACAGAUUGUUCAUAGAAAAUCUAUUGAUACUUUUGGACAACGAACUUCGCAAUACCGAGGCGUUACAAGACAUAGAUGGACUGGUAGGUAUGAAGCUCAUCUAUGGGACAAUAGUUUCAAGAAGGAAGGUCAUAGCAGAAAAGGAAGACAAGUUUAUCUGGGGGGUUAUGAUAUGGAGGAGAAAGCUGCUCGAGCAUAUGAUCUUGCUGCACUCAAGUACUGGGGUCCCUCUACUCACACUAAUUUCUCUGUGGAGAAUUAUCAGAAAGAGAUUGAUGACAUGAAGAACAUGACUCGACAAGAAUAUGUUGCUCACUUGAGAAGAAAAAGCAGUGGUUUCUCUAGGGGUGCUUCCAUCUAUAGAGGAGUCACCAGACAUCACCAGCAUGGAAGGUGGCAAGCUCGGAUCGGUAGAGUCGCUGGAAACAAAGAUCUCUACCUUGGAACUUUCGGAACUCAAGAAGAAGCGGCGGAAGCCUAUGAUGUAGCAGCUAUCAAGUUCCGUGGCACAAACGCGGUGACUAACUUUGACAUAACAAGGUACGAUGUUGAUCGCAUAAUGGCUAGUAACACUCUCUUGUCUGGAGAGAUGGCUCGAAGGAACAGCAACAGCAUCGUGGUCCGCAACAUUAGCGACGAGGAAGCCGCUUUAACCGCUGUCGUGAACGGUGGUUCCAAUAAGGAAGUGGGUAGCCCGGAGAGGGUUUUGAGUUUUCCGACGAUAUUUGCGUUGCCUCAAGUUGGUCCGAAGAUGUUCGGAGCAAAUGUGGUCGGAAAUAUGAGUUCUUGGACUACGAACCCUAAUGCUGAUCUCAAGACCGUUUCUCUUACUCUGCCGCAGAUGCCGGUUUUCGCUGCGUGGGCUGAUUCUUAAUCCAAUCUAAUGGCUAACUCUGGUUUUCUUGGUUUAGGGUCCAAGUGUUUAAGUUUAUCUCCGGGUUUAUCCGGUUUGAAUUACUAUUCGGUUUAGUUUAUCGGUAUAAAUAGUACGUUUAGAAGCGGUAUAUGUUUCUUUUGAGUUGUAUUCAUGUGAAACAGAAUGAAUCUCUCUAUAACAUAUGUUAUCAAUGCAUUUCUUUUUACAAA